CCGAUGCCUCAUUAGAGCUACAGGAAACAAAAAUAAGAAAGUUUAUGUAAAGUUUCAGGAUGUGACACGUAUAAGACGUUAUGUCCCUUUCAUUCAACAAGUUCAAGAUUUCAUAUUGCUUAUCAGCACACAUACAGUGUUCUUCUACUGACCAAAGACUAGAUGGGGAAUGUUAAAUCCACAGAGUGUAAUCAAAAUAGCAAUUCUUCAGCUUCAUACACAAACUCUGCCAGAGAACUCCUUCACGCUCAGCUUCGCAUUCGAGCAUGGUCACCUAAUUACCCUUUGUUCAGGGACAGUGGCGCUGACAACAGCAAUAAUAACAUAGUGGUCAGGGUGUCGCCUCUCUAUAGUGAGGAGGAGGAGGAAGUGGUUGAGGAGGAGGAGGAAGAGGGAAGAAAUGUGUACCUUGUUAAUCCUCAUGCUGUUGGAUUCCUACGGAAUUUGGCAAUCCAGAAUAAGAAUAAAAACAACAGGGGCCUGAACCUGGGCAAUUCACAGGAUGACCAUGGGAAUUCACUGAACAACCCUGAAGCAAGUGCACAUUCACACUUUAACCACCAAGUUUCACAGCAAAGGUGUUACGGGGAAGAAUCUGCUGCAUUUUCCUUUUUGGAAAAUCAAAAUGACUUGCAUUAUCCAAUAGCUUUGGCCCAACAUGGUGAUGCAAAUAAUCCCAUUGAAGCCGAUUCUUCUGCACGAGAUCGAGGCAUUUUAGAAAGGAACCGUCUUCCUUUGUCUAAUACAAGAAGAAGAACACCUAUAUGGGAAAUAUAUCCAGAAAUGAUUGAGAAUAGAGCAUACAGAACAAACAAUGCACUGGCAAAUGAUUACAGUGCUUUGCUUUUAAACCAUCACAACCAAUUCCAAAUUCUUCCAGACCGAUUCGGUUGGUCAGAUCAGGUAUCCGCAUCCCCACUGCUGAACAGUUUCAGAGAAAAUAUAUUUGAAAUCACCACUGAUUAUUCAAGGAUUAACCAGUCACUGGAGUUAGACGCCCCUCCAGCCUACGAGGACCUCUUUGCCUCGCACUCGCACCAUUCACAGCUACCAUACAUUCCAGGCAGACAUGUGCCUGCAAUAAGUUCUCACCCAGAUGCAGCAGGUAUGCACCCACAUACUCACCCACUUUCCACAGGAGUGCACCCACUUUCCACAGGAGUGCACCCACAUACUCACCCACUUUCCACAGGUGUGCACCCACAUACUCACCCACUUUCCACAGGAGUGCACCCGCCUGCCGUGAGCAUUAACCCAGGUUCAAACCCACCUCUGCCACCCUCCUACAACACAGUGUUAAGGCAAUUUGGACCCGUUGAUACUGGUGUUGUCAGUGUGAUGGGACAUGGGGAAGACUUAAGCCAGGUGGUUGGAAGUUCAGAGGAAGCAUGCAGUGAAAACAGUUCAUUUGGUUACCAAGCUGGAUUUGGCAAUUUUAGCACAGUAUUUGAUGCUGAAACGAGCCAAGUGAUAUACUGA